UCCGGAACCGGUACAGAAAUGGGUGCUUUUUUUACGUUGUUUACCUUAGUUACUGGGGGGUUUCGGGGAAGACCUAUGUGGGGCACCUUUUGGGUGUGGGAUGCUCGUUUAACCUCUGUAUUCAUCUCGUUUCUGAUUUACCUGGGUGCACUGCGUUUUCAAAAGCUUCCUGUCGAACCGGCUCCUAUUUCAAUCCGUGCUGGACCUAUCGAUAUACCAAUAAUCAAGUCUUCAGUCAACUGGUGGAAUACAUUGCAUCAACCUGGGAGCAUUAGCCGAUCUGGUACAUCAAUACAUGUUCCUAUGCCCAUUCCAAUCUUGUCUAACUUUGCUAACUUCCCCCUCUCAACCCGUAUCUUGUUUGUUCUGGAAACACGUCUUCCUAUUCUAUCUUUUCUCGAAUCUCCUUUAAGGGAUGAAAUAGAAGCUCGAGAAGGAAUAGCAAAACCUAGUUGACUUCCCAGCUCAAACUGAACGCGAUGUAAUCAAACUUAUAGCUGACGCCGUAGAGAAAGCCCAUAUGCGAAGUGGAAAAAGUAGGAGUAGACAUUGGAAUAAGAGCUGUUGUCGGACGUUCAUCAGUAACCGGUGUGAUGUUAGCAAUGGAAUGCGUAUCCGCUGUUCUCUUUUCUGCUGUGAUUGAAUCAGUAAGCGCUGCGGAUCUUUUCGUAUAAAGAAUAAACCUCAUUCGAUCUCAGAAGGGAUGAAUACAAAGGAAGGGAGUUGCACUAGUCUCAUAAAUGCCAGUCAAAGAAAACUAACUAGCCAAAAGGCCAGGCCGGAAUAAGCGAAAAAAAGGGAUUGGAUUCUUAUUUUAUUAGAGGAUGACAAUCUUUUCAUGGGAGAUAUGUUGUAUAUCCAACUCCAGGUGCCGCAAUUUUCGGAGAGUGAUCCAAUUUACUGAGGAACCUGGGUUAAUCAAGAUUCUAUUGAUUGUGGUUCCUUGGAAUCUUUAUUGGACCAAGGCCCUGUGACAUAAAGAGGACGAUUAUGCUCCUCCCUAAUAAUAGGUCGUCGUCUGUAAACGUCACUGCAGCCAUAUAAUCAUCAUAUAUAUAAGGCUUCCUUCAUCGACUGUUCUGCAAGGAAAGCCUGAUACUCCUCAGGAUUUAAGAAAACUUCCACCAAAGUACCCCUCCGUUCCGGAGACAUCAUUAGCGCGUCAUAUACUGUGAGCAAGGCGGGGAAUCCUCAUUGUGUACUACCUAGCUGACUCUCUUAGUCUAUCACCGGAGUCUAUCUAAUGUCUCCUAAUGCAGCUAUGAAGGGCAAUGCAUUGUGGAAACCGGGCACUGAAAGAUCCAUUUGCAUGGAAACUUCCAAAGCACUAACUAAAAAGACUGCAACGUUCGGAUUACUUGACUCCUGCUCACCAGCACUAUUACUACUGCUUGCUUCAAAAACUCCCGAACCAUCAUAGAUAGCCAAAGUCAUGUCACUCCCGCUCGGCGAAUCAAUCGCAAGUCCCAACCCAGAGAAAGAAAAAGGCGAAAGAGGCAGAGUGAAAGGAUUGACUAAUUGGUUGAAUAAGUUCCGGAGGGGAGGUUAACAGAAGGCAUGUUCCCAUCCAUAAGCAAGGAAUUCAAAGGCCCAUAAUAUCUACUAACGAUUGGGGGGAAGAUGUAGGAAUCGAAAGACUCUUCAUCUUCCUCAAUGGAAUUCCGGGCUUAGGUCCCCGCGCAGGGGUGAUCUUUCUCAGACCUCUCUCCGGAGACCGUAAUAAAGAGUCUUUGCUUACAUUAGAAACGCGCUUCACUCCUUAAAAAGAGUUAAUAAUAAUAAUAUUCAUUACUUCACUGCCACGAACGUUAAAGAAUCUUCCCUCGAACUUUCUUUCCACGAAAUUCUGACUACGAAAGGGCAGUUUUUCAAAGCUUUAUCAUAGGGGGUGGAAGGAAAGAACUAAAAUAAAAAGAAGAUAGACUUUUACAUCGUAAAGUGAACCAAGAACGGAAGUUACUUCACUGGCUGAGCUGACAGGCUGAUAGGAUUUACUCGCUCAAAGGCAAAUCGCCAACCAACAGAGAUAGAAGUAAAGGAAUUCCGCCCUUUAGGGGCCAGUCACUCUAUUUAAGAAAUAUAGGCCCUCAACCAACUCCUCCUAAAGUCUUUGAUAUUCCCUGCGAAUAACCUGGCCUGGAUGCACUCCUGCUGGGCUUGAACCCGACUAUUCAAGUCAUCCACAUAGGCAUGAUCUAGCUUCUUUCUCAUUAAACCGGGCGCGUUUAGAUAUAGAUAAGUUUUUAAGGCAUGUUUUCACUUUUCUUUCAACUCAGCUUGGUGAUAGCUCAUGGCUAAGAUAGGUAGGUCCAGAGCUAGCUAGUGUUCAGAAGUCACUUAAGAAAUUGAAUAUGGGUCCUAUUAGAAUAGGCUAGAAUAGGCUGUAGCCGCAAAGAGAUAGAGAUUCGCAUUCGGGAAGGGAACCAUAGCAGCUGAUAAAGGCAGCUGGUGGAGAAGAACCGGGCUAAGAGCUGGGGCCUUAACAAAAAAGCUGCAGGAGCGACUGCCUUCGUUGAUUUCCCACGAAGGAAUCGUAAUCUCGCUACUCCCCCUUUCUGUCCUAAGCGGGAUUCAAAACCUUGUGUGAAGGAAAGGCUGUCAAAGUCGUUGACCAUUAAUCCGGUUGAAGGACAAAUGGACAGUAAAUCAACAGAAUCGAGUUGUUUGCAGGAUACGGAUUCGGCAGUCGAGACAUCUAUAUCUAUUUCAUUAAGAAAGAGAGGAAAGGAUGCAAGCAAGGAAGCGCUAACCUAUACGACUGCUAUUCUUAUUGAUCAAUGUGGGCUAAAAUAAAGCCAAAAAAGGGAACUAGAACGGGGCGAACAAAGGAAACGAAGCUUUGAUGAUACGUAUCCAUACCAAGCCCGGCGCUGCUUAUUCACUAGAAAGAAUGUGAGUGGGUAUGACAGAUUUCGUCUAUAGGCGUGAAAUAGGGUCUUUCACUCCUAGCGGUAGGAAGAGAGUCACUAGACUAGACCAGACACACCUGUCGAUAGUGUACCCAUCGGACGGCAGCCCUUUCGGUGCACUUAUUGGAGUGCUCUUGGGGCCUGCCGCUUUCUCAAUAGAAAAUGGAAACUGUCAAGAUUAGCCUACUGAAAGAUUUUUCUUCUUAUAUAUGUCAUUUCUUUAUUUAUUUAUUUUCGUUGAUCGGUGUGAACCCGAAGUCAAUUCAUUCUCUUUAGCUGAAGUCAAUCUUCAUCCUUACAGCUGACCGAGUCGAAACCUACUGCUCAAGUCUGACGAAUGCCGUUCAUGUUCCUGGUGAAAAAGAAAAGAGUCGCUUUCCUUCCAGGACCGGAUAAGGUCAAACUCUGGGCGGGCUGCCAGGUUUCGCCUACGCUACGGUUUCAAAUCCCUACCCUACGCCUUACGAGGGCGCCCUAGCCAGAUUCACUCCCAAAGGUCCAUCAAGCCUUUGAAACUAGUUCAAAUAGUCGUCAAAGUCGCAGUCAGUCUUAAGGGCCUGCUUUCAACGAGACUCUCUUAGCUGCAUCAGCUUGUAAAACUCUCUCUCCUUCACCAGGAAAGGGAGAGCGGACAAAGUACCAGACGAUUUGGGUUGGGUAGAGCGUACGAUAAGAGUAAGCAGACGAUGUCGAUAGAAGACGAUUCGUGGGAUCUUCCUCAAAGUCAAAGAAAGAUAAAAAUGAGCUAAAGAGGUUAUGCCCAGCCCAUGGAAUUAGAUGUCGAAUGAGUACGAUUUCGAGCAUAAAGAGAGAAGAAAAAGGAACUUUUUAGCAAGAUAGCUGCCAGAAAGACUGAGCUUAGGUGCAUAGCGCUAAAAUAAGUGGUUGAAGAGUAGCUUUCCAUCCCGACAAUGACUCUUUCCAUUUUUGGGAUUUCACUUAAAAAAAAGACUGGACUUCAAGCAGCAAUGAGAGCAAAGGCAAGGAAUUGAUGCGCCCCUCCAACAAGAAAAGGGAAUGGGGCAAGGCAAAUUUCCAGACAAUGGCAAGUGCUUGAGAAGGAGCUGUGAAAGAAGGGGCUGCUAGAGAAUAGGGA